CCCACUUUUUAUUAUUUGGGGACACCUUUUCUUUUUUUGUAUUGUUUUAGUUUGGUGAAGGAGGGAAAUUCGAUUAUAUAUAAAGAAAAUAUAUUAGAAAUUAUGCGACAAUUUCUAUCUAAAUUAUUUGGGUCAGUUCGACUCGUACAAGAAGUAACGAGAAGUAAUGACACUAAUAGGACAGAUGCCGAGGAUCCUUCCUCAUCCAUGGAGAAACGCAACUCCAAUGACAAGCCAAUCAUGUUACAGACGAUCGAAAUACCUACACUUAACUUGUAUUGUUAUCAACCCACACAAAAGUUUACUGUACGUCAUUAUAAUAAGCCUUUCACUCCAUAUAUAAACGAAGAAAAGAGUAAAUCACAAAAGUUACUCUGUUUAUGGCCUUUACCUACUGUCACACGCUACAUGAUUCUGAUUGCCACUCUCAUGUCUAUCCUAAAUUGGUUAGGUGUACUAUCGAUCGCUUGUUCUGCACCUUCCUUUAUCAUUUAUCGAUUGGAUUUUAAAAAUAUGUGUUUAGCUCCCUUUCUCUUUGACUGGACUUUACAAGGUAUGAUGCUCUAUGGUUGGAAUCUCUUAAUUCUCGGCUUAUUUGAAGAAUCUUUAACUCUCAUGUUGGGAGGGGGAACUCGACGUUUCAUUCAUUGUCUCUUCUUUGUCUUUCUUUCCUUGUCUACCAUUCGAGUCGGUCUAGGUUUCAUCUUUUCAAAAUCUACAGGCUGGGCCUUUCCUUCUCUCUUCUUUAGUAAUUCCAUGCAUGAGUGCAGUCAAGGACUGGCACCAUUCUUGUUUGCAUUGUUGGUAGUGCAAUCGCUGUGCAUCGGUGACAAGUACAUCUUGAUAUACGGACAAGGAGAACAUCACCAGAUCACAGUUGCUAAAGUGACUUUGCAGUUCAUCAUGUGUCUUGUCAACUAUACGACGCAGACCAUUCUCUGGUGGUCACUCUCGGGACUAUUCACGGGCUUUAUCACGACCUUGGUGAUGCAAGCUUGGCUUGCCUUUGAGAAAAGAGAGGUGAAGGAUCAAACAGAAUUUAUGACUUUGGAACAUUAUCGACGUACACCUUUAUGGCGAUUAUUGUGGUCUGCCACCAAAAGAUCAGGUUGGGUCGUCCUACUGAGUUUACCCAUCUUGUUGGCUUGGAAUACCUAUUAUACUCGUUCAUUUGUAGUGAGUGGCCACCAAUUAAACACGAUAUCCCAUGAUCGAUACCUAUUUACAUUUGUAUUUAUGACUGCACCACGUCGAGGAGAUCCAGCCUAUUUGACACGAACGAUCGAAUCCUAUUUAGAGAACUGGCCUGAAAAUCCAACAGUGGAUUCACCUUAUGCACGUAUGCAGGCAAUUAUCUAUACGCAUUUCACCAACCAUACACAAUUUGAGGAAGCAAAAGAACAUUUCUCGGGUACAGUGAAAGGACAAAGGUACUUGAAAUGGGUCCAUCAGCAAGGUGAGACAUUGAAUCAGAGGUUACAUGUGUCCAAGGCCUUGGAUUAUGUGACAGAAACCUUCCAGAGCACCUAUUAUGCCUUGAUGGAAGAUGAUUUCCCUGUAUGUGGUCAACGUGAAUGGCAUGAGAUUGAAACAGUGAUUUUCAAGGCAGAGAAGACAGUGCCUAACCAUUGUGGCGUCUUUGUCGGUACAGGUGGCAGUGGACUGUUUCUGAAACCGGAGAUGGCACGUUUGACAUCGCAGUUAUUGUUGCACUAUGUGGAUAUGCCACCGGACAUUAUUAUUCAGAAAUGCUUGAUGGGACAGUUGCCGCAAUGUGCUGCAUGUAAAGAUUCACUUGUGACCAGUAAAACCUUGCUCAUGUAUCAUAUUGGAUAUAAUACUUCCACCAGUGAUGAUCGUACCUAUAAAAAGGAUGAAUUCCAAUGUGGAUGGCGUCACCCCUUUAAUGGUGAUCCAAGUGUCAUCACAUUGUAAAAUUAGUAAUAGAACUCUCUCUCCUACCCCCCCCAUUUAAUUUCCCUUCUUUGUACAUUAUUUUAUUAUUUAUUAUUAUUAUUUUUUUUUUUUGUUCAGCAUAAUCCCCCCCUUAAUAACCUUUCCCCCCAUUCCUCAAACCUUUUUUUUAUUAUUAUUAUUAUUAGAUGACAUUUAUGAAACUUUUUAUAGCAGCUCCCCCCAAUUUUUUUUUUUUUUUUAUAUACAAAAAGUGAACAAAGAAUUGUUGCAC